UCUAUAACCACAAGCGCAACGAUAGAUGGACGAACACGGCGGGCGCAAUAAACAUGUGUUGCCGUUUAAUUUCCCCAAUGUAACUCGAGAAUGUAUACAGCGCAGUUGGAAACGGAUAGUUAUCGAUGGUCGCUGACACAACCGAGGAAUGCGGGUCUGAGGAAUGCCAGCAACUAUCUAGAGGCGGCGCAAAGGAAAUUAGCUGGCUGAAGAAGAAUGGAGCUGGCGAGCAGGCAAGCAAGCAAGCAAGCAAUAAGGCGGAGAAGCUUUUGGAAGGAGGAGGGGAAGGGGGAGCACAGUUUAUGGUCACGGUCAUAGUCAUGGUCAUGGUCAUGGUCAUCAUCGGGAUUAAAACUCAUCAGAGACGACUGACGGAAAUGUCCGUGAGAUCCGCCCAGAUCCAGACCGAGAGAGCCGGUGAUCCAGUGGCAAGGGCUGGUAGCAUACGAGAGUCUCUAAGAGGAGAACCACGGAACGAACGGGGAGGCACUGCUUACCAGGGCAAAACGGGCCGGGCAACGUUGGGUAGUAAGCAAUUGAAUGCGAUAGGAUUGGAUUGGAUUUGUUAGACCUGUUGGGGUAACGUAAGGCUACCCAGGUGACAAGAGACAAAAGACAAGAGAGUUGAUGCAGAGUCAAAAACAAAAAUGAAAGGAAGGGAGUAAGUAUAUCCUGCACAGGGAAUGAGGGGGGAAAGAGGGGAGAGUAGGAUUUGGAGGCAAAGAUAUAUAGUAAGUAAACUCAGUCGGCAGGUGAUGAUCGACUGUGUCGAACCCGUCCGGUUCGGUCAGAUGAGCUAGGCUAGAGAUGUACGAUCAGCCAGCUGGAUGCAGUUGCUGGGGGGU